UGACUGCGAGAACGAGAGGACGAGAGGACGAGAGGACGUUGAUCGACUGAGACCUGAAAGCCCAUCGAUAGUCCAGUUUUCUGCGAGAUCCUGCAGCUAUUAUCGACGUCUACCUCGCGAGAGGAGGGAGACGACAGAUUUGGAACCAUGCGACGGCGUACCACCACCACCACCACCACCAACAGCAGCCGAGGCGGCAGCGUCGUUGCUGUGCUCGGAGCCCUGGUUCUCCUCUCCUCAACCGGCGGCGGUCCGUUGAAAAUCCUGCCUGCUGUCAAGGGUGAGAACUACUGCGAUGCCGGUCCGGCCUCUUCCACGGCGGGAAGUCCGGAUCUGGCCUCCGACUUCACCAUCGAGCACGACUUUGCCUGCGAGGACGGCUACUUUCUCGUGGGCGUUGAGGUGUGGGCGGGCGCCUUCGUGGAGUCGAUGAGGUGGAGGUGCUCGAACGGCGACGAGUCACCUACUAGCGACAACACCAGCCCCGACGGAAUCAUCUCCUUCACGGACGGCGCCAUCACCGCCAUCGAGGCCACGGCCCACACCAACACCACCACCUUGGAGUUCCUUGGGCUCAUGUACAUCGGGGGCUUCUACUUCUCCGAAGAUAGCAUUUCAACGGAAGGCCCGUUCGGCGACGGCGGCAACUACUCAACCGUCACCACCUCCACCAGCUGCGAAGACGGGGCCUACGCAACCGGGGUCCGCCAGUGGUCUACGGAAUCGGCGGUUUACGGGAUCAUGCUGCAGUGCGCCGAGCUUUCGGAGACAUGCUUACCCGGCGUCGCCGCUGCCGACGCACUAGCUGACGCUCUUGCGAAUAGCGACGGAGGGGGUUUCUUCGAGUUUUCGGAUUGGUCUAUCGUAGGGGGGGCAGCCCUAGGGGUGUGGGUGUUUACCUUCUUCGCGGCAUUGGUGUGGUGUUGCUUCUUCCGCGCGAAGAAAUCUUCCACGGCAGCGACCGCAGGGGAAGAGGAGCAGAAGGAAGGGGAGGCAGGAGGAGGACGAGCGUCGUCCACCGUAGCGACCGCAGGGGGGGAAGAGAAAGGAGGACCGGGACGAGGAGGAGGGUGAGGAGGAGGGUGAGGAGGAUGGCAGCAAGCCAUGAUUGCUAAGCUAUGCCAGCGGUCAUAAAAAUUAAAAUCAAGAAUUUGCUCAGAAGGCUUUUCUUCAAAGUCGACAUAGGCUGUGUCAGGCGCGUGACCGAACCGCUGUGUGAUAUGGGUUGUAUCAUGUAUGUGGACUAUCUACGUUUUUUCUGUAUGUUUCCCAUUGUGUGCACAAUAUUACCAAUGCCAUUUUCCGAUGAGGGUGUCCUUCGUUGUUGUUGCUUUUAUCGAUCUAUUUAUAUACCAUUUACCGCAGACAGUAUAGGAAGACAGGUGGUUCGAAUAGGGACUGGUUGUACUUCAAUGCGGACCCUUCGAUCUAAAAUCAGAGGCGGUGUGUAUACCUCGUACGAUAUAUAGUGGAUUUGAGGCUGGCCACAGAAGGUACAAAUGACCUAAAACAGGUGUUCUUUUUUGUUGUAUAUUCGGUGUGUAUACGCGGGGGUGCUAAGGGGGGCAGAGAAGUUCGACUUUGAUCUGCGCAGGAUUCAGGAUGAUCGAACGGCAACCCAGUGAGGGCGCGGAGAUGGGAGGGGGACACGCUUAGAAGGGCCCCGUCUGAGGACACUAUUCACUACGCCUAAGGAGAGCAGGAGAGAGCGGAUAGAACGUUUGGCGAAACAUGUGGUACCGGAUUGUGAUGGAGUACAGCAUGUCUCCCUGUUUUACUAUUGAUUGCGUCAACCCCUACUCUCAACAAUGCCAACCGAAGCUCACCCUCCCUACCUGUAGGCAGAAUGUAACAGAUUGUACGUACCGUCUAUUGAAAGGAGGUCCCUCAAGAAAGCUGGACGUUGAUGACGCCCGUUGCUCAAGGCCAAACGUUAAAUUUCAGAUCGUUGAAAGCUUUGCGAAUGCAAGAUACUACGUCCUGAUGGGGGCAUUGAUUUAGCGGACUGCAUACGCCAUACGUGGAGGCUGCACCUCGGGCGAGAGUCUGCGGGCCGCACAACCAUGGUCGUACCUGGCCCAGCAGCGAAAAUACCACGCUGGAAUGAAGCCUUUCCGCGCGCGAAGCGCGCCUGUUUUGCCUCAGGAAGGCCCGUAUAUGGCGCUAUUCCUUAGGCGCUUUAUGGUGGCCACAAGCCAACUUCCCCAAAAAUGUGCCCACUUUUUGAACACCGGAAACCACAGAAAACAAGGAGGGGUCCUCGAGACCAUAACAAACUCGCCAAUAAUAGAAGAGCACACUAACCCGUGAAUAGGUCAACACGUACCAGGAAAACACUAAAAUUGCCGGCCGUCGCUGGUGACAUGCCGGACAUGAAGGAGAUAUUCAAAUACAUACAUCAAGUCCAGAGCCCAUCUCCUCCGGUCGGCACGCGAUGCUGAACACAACACAACAAACAAUCACGUCACCAGAAACCAAGACAGACAUCACAUCGGGCAGCUGUGGGAAGAAGGUUCGACAAAAAUAUUGAAGGGCGACAUGUGGCUGGUAUUCCUGCCACCUCCAUCGCAUCCAACUUCGCACACGUUUCGCAAAACGUUCUGCCAAACUCGUGCUGCUCUCCUCAGCUGCGGUCUUGUCCUCGAAACGGAUAUUUCCAUGGUUAUUCCCGCGUGGCUAUCCUCCCCACCCGUCGGUUGUCGGUUCGGUAGAUAAGUAUCGUCGCCGUUAAGGAUGUCCAAAAUAGCAACUGUGCUCUACUACUUCGCCGAUUCACACUCGUACUCCCCACUAAAUUUCCAUAACUGCAUUUCGCUGUGGCGGUUUCACAGCUACAUGAUGCACGCUCUGGCACGGUACUCUUUCGGGCUCCCUUUCCGACCAAAAUUGUUAUUGGUAUCACAUGGCGGGCGUGCCAACAUUUUGCCACUUCCCGCUGAUGCCCCGUGAGCCCCAGGAACGCGAACGAAUGGUGAAAUGGAGGGAAGUCCGCCGACUGAAAUCCCUUAGACGCCUCUAGGGUAAAAGGCUACGAUUACCACCAGAAAGGCCUCCGACGAUGCCUCCUGAUGGGGGGGGUGUCUCGACCCUGGAUAGCAGUCCGUAACGUGAUUCUCGUGUUCACUAGCUCGUGGUGCCUAUCAACAUCACCGGUACAUGGGACAGGAAGGCACGCAUGGCCAUUAUUGCAAGGGCCUUCCAUCGAGAAGAACAACUUCGGGACGCCCACUUCCCAAGCUGGUCAUGAAAAAAAUACUUUGGGACAACAAUACGGAAAACAUAUUCUUCGGAGAUCCAAGGUUCCAAGAAGAGUUCGACACACGUUCGACAAACGUUAUCCUACACGGAGCUGCGGAUGAUCAGAACAACUCAACGGUUCUUGAGGAGAACCAAAAUGAGGAGAACCAAAAUUUGGAACCGAAGCGUCGUUCCGAAAACGAACACCAGGCACCCGGUAACCAUGCUGCUGCUGCUGUUGCUGCCAACUACUGCAACGCCCAUGGCCAGCGCCCAAUGCCUCCGAAGUAGCAUCACGCACGAAGACAGCAGCAAUACACCGUACUGGUAUACAUCACCCCAAGGUUAACCUGCACGCUAGGGCUUUCGAGGAGACGCUUCGCCGGAAAGGAAGAGGAGACGACACUGACCUUGCUACCGCUCGGGUAAAAGUGCCGAUCUGAGGAUUUUUGGAACGCCAGAGUUCAACGUGGUUCGCGUCGAGGGCUGCUUCGGAUGCUGGUAGAUGAUCUGGGAGACGACCUCGUCACGAAGGGGGUCUGCGGGCCCUGCCAGAUGUUCACAAUAUGGUAGCCGGUUGAGGAUGAAGUCGUCGUUGUC